CAUAAAACACUCAGAAACAGAGACAUUUUUACACACUAAAAGGUAGCUUCAUCUGUUCUUCUUGACAGCAUCCUAAAUCUGUUAUUGUGAAUUGGAAUACGUCAUUUGAGGGGUUUUGCAGCAUUCACACAAAGAAACAGUCCAGUUUUAGAUGAAAAAAAAAAAAAAGAUUUUAGAGCCUUAAAAGGAGUAAAACACAUUGAAAAUUUUGAAAACUGCAGUAACACAUAAAAUCAAUGCAACUUCUUCUCCCUCUCUCUCUCUGGACAUGACACGACUACUUUACAUAGCACCAGAGCUUGUCUCGUUGUUAGUCUCACAAAACCCAUAUUCUGCAUUCUGCUUUUUAAUUGGGAUUCUCAGGAGACCUUGUCCAAAGUGUUCACAAAACGCCCAAGUUCUAUCAAGAAGCCUAUAAGCUUAAAUCCAGUAACCAAUUACUCCACUCCGCCUCAGCAGAGCCGCCGCUGUACGGAUUAAAAUUCAGUUUUACAAAUGCAGCAAAGCCUGUUGUGAUUACCCUCAUAUUAACUUGUUGCACAAAUGGAAGUUGAUUGUUUACCCUAACAACAUUUGAGAGCCAAGGAAAUUUAACUUAAUCACUUGUAAAGGUAACAGUGUAACAUUUCCAAAGCCGUAAAAAAGCAUAUUCUUCCCUUAAAUAUUCAUUUAUUGUUUUGGCUAUUUUGACACUCAAAAUAUAAAAAUCAACCACUUUGUAAUAUUAGACAAAGAUAAUUUAAGUAAAUACAAAAAGUACUUUUACAAAGAUGAUUUUAUUUAAUUUAUACAUAUUUUAACCAACCAAAAUCCUAACUAUACUUCUAGCCUAAGAUUUGUUGUACCUCUUGAAUUCUUGUCCUUUUUUGUUUGGCAAAUCAAUUUGAAUGAUAGUAAAGAAACAACAUAAAAAUUGCAACAUAAAACAAAAGACAAUAAAGGACCUAUAACUUUCCAUGCAAUGAACCCAUACACUCUAUAAAUCAGCAUUUUGUUAUAAAUGUGUGUAAAUAACUUUCAUACCCUAAUUAUUUCACUGUUAGGAACCCCGCAGGCAGCAACCCAGCUGACAAUCCGUUCUUGUCUUGCCAGUGGACUGCAGGCCUCCUAAAAGCAGUCAGGCAGACGUUUCUGAUGUUUCCUUCAUGCCAGUGAAGGAAUGAAUGCCCAGCCUGUGAACUUGGACUUGAAAGCUCACUGCUGGAAAAUGUUCCUUAAUAUUCAUUUUAAUUUCAUGUUUUGAAAAAUAAAGAAAGAAGAAAAGCUACCUCCAAUACCACAGAGGUACGGAGAAAGCGUAGGUGUUAGUAUGAAUAUGUGUCUUUUGCUUCAACCAAAUAUUUGAAAUAUUUUUUCCCAAGCCAAUCAAACCCAUGACAGCAGCGUUAUUCAAGCUGCAAGCACCAAUGUUCUCAUUUUUAUUUUUAAAGCUAUUCAGUUACAUGACACAAGCUGGAAGCUAAGUGCCCUUGAGCUAUUCAGAACUGUUCACGAGGAAAAUCUAUCUAUCUAUCUAUCUAUCUAUCUAUCUAUCUAUCUAUCUAUCUAUCUAUCUAUCUAUCUAUCUAUCUAUCUAUCUAUCUAUCUAUCUAUCUAUCUAUCUAUCUAUCUAUCUAUCUAUCUAUCUAUCUAUCUAUCUAUCUAUCUAUCUAUCUAUCUAUCUAUCUAUCUAUCUAUCUAUCUAUCUAUCUAUCUAUCUAUGCAGAAUGAAACAUUGCAGCCACGCUUUCAGCAGAAGCCCUGCUGCUCUGUCUCUCUGAUGAAGAGAGCAAGAGCAAAGCUCUGCCCUGCAAUUUUUUCAGUUUCUAGGAAUAAUACAUAGGCGCUGCAUUUUUCUACACCUCUGCAUACAACUCCACUGGAAUCCACCAGAGACACAACUCAGGCUCUGGUUUGACUGACAGCUGUGGCUCGUUUCUCAGCAGUCACCCAGCUCGGUCUCAGCAAAAUGAACGUAUUUGAAAACAGUUGGUAUAUAAGGAGGAAGGUUGAGAGAUUGGAUUAGACGAUGCUGGAAAUGACUGUAUAAGUAGAGUUUAUUGGCUGUAUCCGCCUCUUUUCCUCAUCUGCUCUGAAACUAUUGUACUUCAGCACGAUUUUUUUUUUCUACAUUCAUCAUGACAGCGUUUGACUUCACAGAUGUAGAAGCGUUCUUGGACAGCCACCCGGAUCUGUUUGAGGAGUAUCUGGUUCGGAGAGCCAAAUGCGAUCAGGUGAGCAGGUGGCUAAAGAAGCACCAGUCGUCCAAAGUGGCUACAUCCGAGGAGAAGCGCGCCGCCGCCACGGACCCGCUGUGGCCGAGCAGCGCCGAAGGGCUCCGGCGCAGGUCGUCUCACAUGGAGCUGCGGCGCAACUUUGCGCGCUCCAAAGCCACCACGGCGCACCGCACCUACGACGAGCACGUGAGCCUGAGCGAGCACGACUCCCAGUCGAGCAUGAGGCGCCGUGCGCUCCUCCGCAAAGCCAGCUCCCUGCCUCCGACCACCGCGCACAUCCUGAGCGCCCUGCUGGAGUCCAGAGUCAACGUGCCCCAGUACGCGUCCAGCGCCAUCGACUACAAAUACAGACUCAAAGAAACCAACGAGAGGGAGUUCUUCCUGGAACUGGUCAAGGACAUCUCCAACGAACUGGACCUGACGAACCUGAGCUAUAAAAUCCUGAUCAACGUGUGCAUCCUGGUGGAUGCCGACAGGUGCUCGCUUUUCCUCGUGGAGGGACCCGCUCACAAGAGGACGCUGGUGUCCAAGUUCUUUGAUGUGCACUCAGGCACCACGGUCAGACCCUCAUCCAGCACGCUGAACUCUAAUGAAGUCCAGGUGCCAUGGGGGAAAGGCAUAAUUGGAUAUGUGGCAGAGCAUGGGGAGACCGUCAACAUCUCGAAUGCAUACGAGGACCACCGCUUCAGUGAUGAGAUAGACAAGUUAACGGGCUACAAGACUCAGACCAUCCUCUGCAUGGCCAUCUGCAACAGUGUUGGAGAAGUCAUUGGUGUUGUACAAGCUAUUAACAAGAAUCCAAUGGGCACCCCUUUUACAGAGGAUGAUGAGAAGGUGUUGCAGAUGUAUCUGCCAUUCUGUGGAAUAUCAAUUUCUAAUGCAAAGCUCUUUUCGGAGUCUCGCAAGGAAUAUGAACGGAGCAGGGCGUUGUUGGAGGUAGUCAAUGACCUGUUUGAGGAGCAGACCGACCUGGAGAAGAUUGUCAGGAAGAUCAUGCAAAGAGCUUUGACGCUUCUGCAGUGUGAACGUUGCUCUGUGCUUCUCCUAGAGGACAUCGACUCGCCUGUGGUCAAGUUCUCCAAGACGUUUGAGCUGAUGUCUCCUUUGUGCAACAUGGACAGAGACAGCAGCAUGGAGAAGUUAUCCUGCUCUGACUGGCUGAUCAACAACAGCAUUGCUGAGCUGGUGGCUUCCACAGGACUGCCUGUUAACAUCAGCGACGUUUGUCAGGAUCCACGCUUCGACGCUGAGGCAGAUCAGGCCUCAGGCUUUCACAUCAGAUCUGUGUUAUGCGUCCCGAUCUGGAAUAGAACUCACCAGAUAAUCGGGGUUGCACAAAUUCUGAACCGCCUGGACAGGAAGACAUUUGACGAUGCAGAUCAGAGACUGUUUGAGGCAUUUGUGAUAUUCUGUGGACUUGGAAUCAACAAUACUAUGAUGUACAAUCAGGUUAAGAAGACAUGGGCCAAGCAGUCUGUAGCUCUGGAUAUGUUGUCUUAUCAUGCCACCUGCUCCAAAGUAGAAGUCGACAGACUUAAGGCUGCAAAGAUCCCCCUGAGCAUUGAGCUGGGCAUUGAUGAGUUCCACUUUAACGAUUUUUCCUUGGAUAAUGAUGCAAUGAUCACUGCGUCACUCAGGAUGUUUCUGGAACUCGGCGUGGUCCAAAAGUUUAAAAUUGACUAUGAAGUUUUGUGCCGUUGGCUUCUUACAGUCAGGAAGAACUAUCGAACUGUGGCAUAUCACAAUUGGAGACAUGCUUUCAAUGUAUCACAGUGCAUGUUUGUCAUGAUCACAACAGCCACUUUCCAGGAUGUGCUGUCAGAUGCAGAGAUUCUGGCCCUGAUGGUCGGCUGCUUGUGCCAUGAUUUGGACCACAGAGGCACAAACAAUGCAUUUCAAGCCAAGACUGGUUCUGCUCUGGCCCUACUCUAUGGGACGUCAGCAACCCUGGAGCAUCACCACUUCAACCAUGCCGUCAUGAUCCUGCAGAGCGAGGGACACAAUAUCUUUGCCAACCUCAGCUCUAAAGAGUACUGCAACAUGAUGCAACUGUUGAAGCAGGCAAUUCUCUCCACAGACCUUACUUUGCAUUUUGAACGCAGAACCAAGUUCUUUGAGCAUGUUCUGUCGGGAGAAUUCAGCUGGGCAGUUGAAGCACACAGAGAAGUUCUCAGGUCUAUGCUGAUGACUGCAUGUGAUUUGGGGGCUGUCACUCGUCCUUGGGAGGUAUCAAAACAGGUUGCGGAGUUGGUAACAAGUGAGUUCUUUGAACAAGGUGACAGGGAGCGAUCUGAGCUGAAGCUAACCCCAGCAGCCAUCUUUGACCGUAAUCGGAAAGAUGAACUACCUGCCUUACAGCUUGAAUGGAUUGAUGGGAUCUGUAAGCCACUUUAUCAAGCGCUGCUGAAGCUCAACAGGAAGUUAACGCCCAUGGUGGACGAGAUAGAUGGCAAUCGAAAGAAGUGGCAGGAACUCUGUCUGUCCUAUCAGCAGACAAGAAGAGCCUCAGUGUCCAGUCAGAGUAAUGAUCCGGGUCAGAACACCAAGUCCAGUGACGAUGCACAAACCAGUGAGCUGCCGAAGAAAGCAGAGAAAACUGUGCAGGUUAAAAAUACAGAGUUUGGGUCAAAAUCUGAUUGCAGAGAGGUUUUGAGGUGCAGAGCAAACAAAGAGGCCUGUAAUGACAAAGCCGCAUCAGAUGAGAAUAAAACAUUAUCUGGAAGGAAAUAAUGCAGGGAGGUUUAAAAAUAGGUUGAUAUAAUAAAUGACUUGAUAUUCCCUGUCAUUUUAGCAAGCACCCCCCUAAACUAAUAGGGUGAAAUGAAAUGCAGAUUUCAUCACCUAAGCCUGCUGCAGCAUCACUGUGUUAAACUCAGGAACAAUGGGACUAACCACAGUUGGUCAUAAAUCUAUUUAAAGGGCAGUCUUCAUACAUAUGAAGGGAUGUCAUCACUGAGAUAAGAAGACUGCUGAAACCAUAGAGGGACACUAAUUACUGUAAGGUUUUGUAGGACCUCCCCCCAGAUCAAAAUCCCUUAGGAAAGCCUUUUAGAAACAUCAAGGAAUCACUACAGCAAAAUGCACAUUAGUCUGAACCCCUGGUAAAAAGGGCUGAAAAGCAUCUUUUACUGCAGCAGCAUUCAUUAACACAGGUUACUUUUAGAAAAAUCCACGUUGAGUACAUUUGUUGUGAGAAAAAUCCCAUGUUUAAAAAUGAUUUGCAAAAUAUUUACAACUGGUUGUAAAAAUUUACAACCAGUUGGCAUGUAGAUGACAAUCUAGUGGUUAUUGGGACUUGCCACUCUUUCCUGCAGUAUCACAUUCUUCCUCAAUGUGUGUGAUGGCACAACAAACAUGGAUGCUCAUCCAGACUUCUCAGUUUGCUUUGUGUCUCGACUUUGGCUAUGCCAUUUCAAGACAUGAACAUGCUUUGGUCUAAACCAUUCCACUUCUUUACAGUUUUUUUUUACACUAAAAUGAGCUCAAAUGAAAGGUUGGAUUUUUCUCAGUUUCUCAGUGAGCGAUUACGCUGCCUGUCUUGAAUGUAGACUGGAGCAUGAUUCUGCUCCUGAAUGUCAUAGCUAGGCUAUACCAUUUAACUUUAGUUAAGAAAUCUUUGCCUGCACAAUCGUAUCUUCUGUGUUGUUCUUUGACAGCCAGCUUGUUCCCAGAGGUGCAUGUUAUAGUUCUUACCUUUUUGCACACAUUGUGUUUAGGUUAUUGAAUCAAGCCAGACAGUUUCGCAUCAACUUCAAAUUUCCUAAACAAUCCAGACAGGAAAAUUCAAAUUCUGAUACCUAUUUUAAGAUUGUAUAAAUUAUUUACAAAAUUUUUUGCAGCAAAUGAUAUUUUCUGUGCAUUCAGUUCAAUUGUUGAACUAUUUCUAUUUUCUUCGUGUUUCAGUUAACAAAUUGUUACAAGUAGGUUGAUGUGAAAAACGAUCAGUUUCAAGUGCAUAAUCAGCCAGAUGAGGUUCUGCCUCACUCUGAGACCUACUUUCAGAUGAUUUCUGUGAUGUUUAGAUAAAAUAAGUUUACUGUUUUAGUUUAAUGUGCAGUAUAUCUUGUUCUUUGUUUGCAAAUGCAUGUUGGUUAUGUUGUUACUGCAUGUUUGAUGUUGACACUGGUCAUCCUGAUGCCUUUUUAUUGCCAUAAGAGAUUUGCUUUGCAUGCAAGUGUACUGGAAAAACUCUGUUCUGAUAUAUUAUAUUGUUGCGGCUGUGUUGUUGUUGAUGAUGAAAACAGCCUAAAACAUUUAUUUACAACUGGAGGCUUUACCCAAAUUACAAACCGGUAAGUUUUCAUACACCGGACUCUAUAAUAAUAACAACCCCUUUUAAAAUAGAUUACUAAAAAGGACAAGAAUGUUAUUCAUGUUAAAGAAAAGAAAGAAAGAAGGUUUAAAUCUGUUGCCUGAGUGACUGAAAUUCCUCUGAUAUUGAAGCGUAUGCAUUGUUGUCACAUAAAGGUAAAACAAAAAAAAACCCUAUAUGUAAUGAUUGUUGGAAAUAGUUUUUAAUUUCAUCAAAGAAAAAAACUGUUGAGUAGAGUUUACAUACAAAACGGGGAAAAUUAUGCUGAUACACACAAUAACAUGAAAUGCAUGACGUGACACUGUCGUGUAAAUUUCAAAUUUAAAAGCUGGCAUGGUGCCUUAAUGUGGAGUACAAAGGGGCUGGCUAAAGAAAUAUUUUUAUAAUAAUGCAUUUUAAAUGACAUUGUUAAGUUAUUUCCUUUAAUUCUAAAGUAAAUACUUUUUUUUUGCAAGUGUUGAGUUUAUUGGGUAAUUGAGUGGGCCUAAUUUAAUAAUAAUAGUCAUUUAAAAAUUAACGAGACUGCAGGCCUUGAGGGUUGUGUUUAUGGGACUUGACCAGAUUAAUUGUCAUGUUUGCAAACCAAUGGAGCAACAUUCAUAACAGGAGGCUAAUUUACCCUGAAUCUGAGUCAUGACUGUUGCCAUUUUUUCUAGUGUUUGCAAUGUAUCUUCCACAGAAAACCUUCCUGGUAGUUUGGUUUAACCAGGUUUUAGUUUACUGUUUGUACUGUGGUUAAAUGGACUGCUGAUGACUGAGCUGAUGCAUCACUGAAUUACUGUAAAGUAAAUGCUUAUUUUCUUAAUGUUUCUUGUUAUACUCUUUAUUUGCAUUUUUAUCACUGAGUAAUAUGAGUUUAAUAUCCCUUCAGCUGUUUUUAUCAAAGGCAACUGGGAAAAUACUAAACUAGGUUGUGCUAACUCGGGUUUAUCAACUUCGACAUGAUUUAAAUUUCCAAUCUGUCAUGCAGUAUAUUAACAUAUUGUGUCUUCCGUUUUUUGUUGCCCAAAUUAUCCAAAAUGGACAUAAAAUCAAAAUCCAAAAACCACAAGACGGAAGCAUUACUAAUCCUCUAUAGUUGACAUUGGAUUUGGAUUUUGUUUUAUCUACAAAGCAAAUAAUAUUGAAGAAAACUUCAGGAAAUCUUGUGGCAGGAUGUGUAAUAUACUCAACCAUCUCCUAAACAUUUUUGGCUCUUUAAAGGAUUGGUUUGUCGCAUCACAACAAUAAUAGUCAGAGAUUUGGUUUUUUUUGGGGACUGGCGGCUGUCCAGGUGUCUGCCUCUGGUCCAAUGACUGCAGGAGAUAGGAACUAGCCCCUGAACAAUGCUUUUUUUUUUUUUUUGCCUCUUAACAGGUUUUCUUCCAGGAUUGCCUUUGUAUUUAGCUCUAUCCAUCUUAUAAACUCCAACCAGCUGAAAAAAAUGAUUCCUUCAUUAUGAUGCUGCCCCUACCAUGUUUCACUGUGGGGAUGGUGUGUUCAGACUUAUCUGCAUCGUUAGUUUUUUGCACAUACUGUUCUGUAAGUAAACCAAAAACAGAACACACAAGUGGACUCUAUUCACUGAUUAGGUUAUUUCCAAACAAUACUAACUACGGUAAAUGGUAUUUAGGGGUAUCAGAGUGAACAAGACUGAAGACAUAUCCAUCCCACAAUUGAUUUGUAAACAUUUUGGUUAUCAUGUAUCUUUUUCCUUCUGCAUCAUAAAAUAAAAGUAUACUAAAAUAUA